AUGGAUAACAAGUUAAUAUUUUCUGAACCAAAACAAGAUUUUGGUAGUACCGUUGGUGAAGUUAACCAAAACUUCACUAACCUUGGUGAAAAUGACGUACAUAAGGAACUUGUUAAGAGAGCUGGAGAACUUGUUAAAGGUGUUGAUAAGGAAUGGAAUGGAUCGUAUUUGGAAGAUGAAAAUUCAUAUGCAGUUUACAUGUCUAACCAUGAUGUUUUGUUAACCGUAUCUCGUGCUAGAUUUAUCGAAUUUUUUGAACAUUGUGAUGAAGUUCUUAAAGUUCGUUGCAUUUACAUGUGUUUCGAUAAACAAAAGAUCUUUAAAGAAAAAUUUGGAAUUCCAUAUGCUCUUCGUUCCAUUGGUUUUAAAAUGUUGAAUCCAGACAAUUAUCCAGCAUCAAUUGACAAAUCUUCUUAUGUUGUCAUGCGCUAUAGACUUUACAUCUAA